AUGUACGAAUACCUGCGUAUACAACAUUUUAGUUUUCUCGUAAUUGGCAUUAAUUUGUGGGCAUUUCGAAAUCAGCGCAUAUUGUGUGCACCCUACAGAUACGGCUGCUGGACUCUGGCGACUGCAAUCAUCACCCUCCUCAUGGGCUCCUACAUCUACACCAGCGAACAGGAUAAGGCAAUUAAAGUGUUGACCGUCUUUCUCCAAGGAGUGCUCUCCGUAGUCAACAGUCUCAUGUUUGUGGCGAAAGGUAAACGCUUCUUAGCGCUCAUCGGGAACUUAGAGUCGCUGGCGGAGGGAGCGAAUGAUGAGGAGCGAGAAGAGUGGGCACAUGAGAAUGAUUGGCAACAACGCAUUGUUCGGAUAUACUACGUUUGCUGCGCGGCUACUGGCACCCUGUAUUGUAUAGUGCCUGCAUUUAUACUAUUAUACAGCAGCUGCUUUACAGAGCAUGCAGUGCCCAUAUUACCUUUUGAUGCAUCGUUUCCCUUCGACACUCAGCGACCCUUCUUUUACACCAUCUCUUACAUCUGGUGCGUCUCAUUCAUAGUGUAUGCCAUACACGCCAUUACCGCCAUGGACUCGUUAUUUUGUUGGUUCAUCUUCAAUAUUUCCGCACAUUUCCGCAUUGUACAGCAUAAACUAAAAACUGCUGCCACAGCACUCACAGAGGAGGACUACGGGAGCUUUCAACAAAAUACCUCAGCAGCUUUACUCUAUCAUCGGCGCAUUAUCGAAUUGACAGUGGAAUUUGGCGACCUCUAUGCAUUCAUCGUUUUUAUAGAAAUUUCUGUCAGUUAUCUGAAGCUUUGUUUUAGCGCUUACAAUCUGAUCAAUCUAGCUGAUAUAUCCAGUUUUCCGGUAAUCUUUGUGGGUCUUAUCACAAUCACUUUUCAAUUAUGCAUUUACUGCUUUAGCGGCGAAAAAAUAAAAACAGUGAGCGAGCAGGUAUCGGAUUAUAUCUAUUUGACCUUCCCUUGGGAAAACAUGCUUUCGCCUAUGAAGCGUUUGCUACUUCUGCCAAUAAUGCGCGCACAACGGCCCACUAACUUAACGGGAUACCUCUUCAUUGUCGAUCACAGUCUUUUAGUGUGGAUAUUUAAAACUACUGGCUCGAUUAUCGGUUUCCUGUCUGCUACGAAGGGUGAAAAACAAUUGGCGUAA